AUGCAGACCACUCUUCUCUCUCUUCUUGCCCUCUCGGCUGGCGCCCUCGCCGCCCCUGCAGCUUCCACCUCUGCACUCACCUGCUCGCAAAAGUCGGAGGGCUUUGCGUGGUAUAUCACUCGCUUCCAAUACAGCGGCUCUGAAGUCUUCACCACGCCUUCCCACCAGAACGACAACGGUCAGGUGUCUUUCAACAUCUCCAACCCGGCCCUUGUGCCCGGCCAAGCCUCGUCUGGGUGCUCUGCUCGCUCGUCUCAGAUUCCGGACUAUUUUUACGGCGACAUUGUGUACGACUGCAUUGACCCUCGCAACGACGCCUACACAAACACCACCUUCAAGUACAACGCUCCGAGUGGUCUCCUCAGCAUCAUGCAGACCUGGACUUGCUCCGACGCCAAGGAUCCGGCCGUUUUCACUGCCUCCGGCUCUGUCAACCUCACACUGAGCUGCGGUGAAAGCACCUACAAUAACAACAACUGGACAAUUGGCCAGACCUACUCCAGCACCACCCAGGUCUGUGUGUCUCCGGACACCCCGGCUAUGGCUUUCCAGAUCUCUGCCGUUGCUUAA